UCAGUCAGCUGACAAAAGUCGCUUGCUCCCCACAAAAGCGUUAACUUGCGCAGUCAUUGUUGUGGUCGUGUUUUGUAGUUUUACGAGAACGAGAAUGAGGACGUUUUACCUGUUACUCUUCUCGGCGUUAGCCCUGACGAACGACGCCAUUGUAAGGAUUCCCUUGAAAAAAUUCCGCUCCAUCAGGCGUGAGUUGACAGACUCGGGGAGAAGUGCUGAGGAGCUUCAGGUCGACAAGCACUCCCUGAAGUACAAUGUUGGCUUCCCCUCCAGUGGUGGACCCACUCCAGAGACCCUAAAGAACUACCUGGAUGCCCAGUAUUAUGGUGACAUCGGCCUGGGUACCCCCCCACAGCCCUUCACUGUGGUCUUUGACACUGGUUCCUCCAACCUGUGGGUGCCCUCGGUCCACUGCUCCCUCCUUGACAUUGCUUGCUUGCUGCACAACAAGUAUAAUUCUGCCAAGUCCAGCACGUACGUGAAGAACGGCACUUCCUUUGCCAUCCAGUAUGGAAGCGGCAGUUUGUCAGGCUACCUCAGUCAAGACACGUGCACCGUUGGCGAUAUAUCUGUGCAGAACCAGCUCUUUGGGGAAGCAAUCAAGCAACCCGGGGUUGCAUUUAUCGCCGCCAAGUUUGACGGGAUCCUCGGUAUGGCCUACCCACGCAUCUCGGUGGAUGGCGUGGCACCGGUCUUUGACAACAUCAUGCAGCAGAAGAAGGUGGAGAAGAAUGAGUUCUCUUUCUAUCUGAACAGGAACCCAGACACUGAGCCUGGCGGUGAGCUGCUGCUGGGAGGAACGGACCCCAAAUACUACAGUGGCGAAUUCAGCUACGUGAACGUAACCCGCCAGGCCUACUGGCAGAUCCACAUGGACGCGUUGCAGGUGGGCAGCCAGCUGAGUUUAUGUAAAGACGGCUGUGAAGCCAUCGUGGACACUGGCACCUCUCUGAUCACCGGCCCGACUGCGGAGGUCAAGGCUCUGCACAAAGCUAUCGGGGCCAUUCCCCUCAUUCAGGGAGAGUACAUGGUGAACUGUGAUAAGGUGCCAUCCCUGCCUGUGAUCACCUUCAAAGUGGGUGGCAAUUCCUACAGUCUGACUGGAGACCAGUAUGUCCUCAAGGAGAGCCAAGCGGGAAAGACCAUUUGUCUGAGUGGUUUCAUGGGUCUGGACAUUCCUCCCCCAGCAGGUCCCCUGUGGAUCCUGGGAGACGUCUUCAUCGGCCAGUAUUACACCGUGUUCGAUCGAGAGAACAACAGGGUGGGGUUUGCCAAGUCCAAAUGAGCAUGCACGAGCGGAGUAUGUGAAUAAACAACCCUCACAUUUCUACAUGCAUUUUAUUAUAGGUUUUCAUUGGGCAAAACUGAAGAAAUGACACUUGGAUACAGUGUAAAGUAGUCAGUGUACAGCUUGUAUAACAGUGUAAAAUUUCUGCCCCCUCAAAAUUACGAUGAAUGUGAGCAAACCCCAAGUGAAAAUGCUCAAUCCAACCUGAGUGAAUUUACACUGUUAACCAAGCUGCACACAAGGCUACUUCACAUUGUAUCAUUUCUUCAGUUUUGUUGGAAAAUAUUUGCAGAUGUGUGAGGGGUGUACUCACUUCCGUGAGGUACUGUACAUGCUGCAGUGUGAAACUAAAUCUCCACACUUAAAAGGUCUGUGCAGUGCACAUUUUGUUGCUUUGCAAUCAAACUAUUGAGCAAUCGAUGUUUUUGUUGACCAGCACUCCACUGAAGAGGUACGAACAGUGAGAAAUUAAUUGGAGUGUUGAUGUUGUGUGCGCUAAUUAAGCAAGUGGCUGUUUCCGUUUUUGUUUUGUUUUUUUUAAAACAACUCUUUUGUGAUCUGUUUUUUUUCUUUUAAAUCAGGGACUUGGAUUAGGCAUUUUAAUUACCAUUUUAGGGGACAUUGACCCUUUACUACUGACUGUGGGAUGUACCGUAUCUUAAUGUGAUUGGCCUAAAUAAAUGCUAUUCAAACGAU